CAUCUAGAUGGUUAUAGAGGUUGUCGAUGUCCCUAUCUUGCUUGAGUGAUGAGUGGAAGAAGGUUACCAUUGAGAUUCAAGAUAGGUCCCUAAGCAAAUAGGUCUACACUGACCCUGUUGACUAUGGCGACCGUCAUUCCGAUAGAGAUAUCUGAGAAAUUGACCCCAGAUGAUGCUGAAUUCGGUCCCAAUGAAGAAAGAAUCGAUGAUGCGAUUCCUCCACUGGGGGCGUUAGAAACACAUAAGCGGUUAUGGUUUCAAAAGUCGAAGCAGCACAAUCCGAACGAUAUCGCAACACAGCCAAGCGUAUACGAUAAUCCUGACAUUGCAUCACAAUAUAAACCCCGCGAGGACUGGGAAAAUCUUCACAGAUUCGACCCAAGGGCACGAUGGACUUGGGAGGACGAAAACAAGGUUGUUUGGAAGAUCGAUCGGCGCAUCAUGGCAUGGACCGCCAUCAUGUUCACCGCGAUGGAGCUAGAUAGAGCCAAUCUUGCUCAAUCCCUGACUGACAACUUCUUGGAAGACAUGCAUUUGACUACAGAUGAUUAUAACCUUGGAAACACGGUCUACGCUGUAUGCUUCCUAGCUGGAGAGUUCCCAGCCCAAUUGUUGGCAAAGUGGCUUGGCCCCGAUCGUUGGGUUCCUUCUCAGAUCGUUCUCUUUUCGAUCGUAUCUGCAUCCCAGUUCGCACUCAAUAGCCGCGCCUCAUUUCUUGUCUGCCGUGCGCUACUAGCAUUUCUCCAAGGAGGUUUCAUCCCAGAGUGCGUGCUGUACCUUUCGUACUUCUACAAACAUCACGAGUUGACAAUUCGUCUGGGAUUCUUCUGGGCUGGUAUGUUUAUCGCCGACAUAGUCGCGGCGAUUGUCGCGUUUGGAAUUCUCCAUAUGCGGGGAGUUGAAGGUCGCUCGGGUUGGCGUUGGCUUUUCCUGAUAGAGGGCCUAAUAACCGGGACUAUUGGGCUCUUGUCAUUUAUCAUGAUGCCGCCGGGACCAACAGAAACAGCAAGCUGGUCUCGUGGAAAGGAUGGGUGGUUUACCGCACGCGAGGAGACAAUUAUGGUAAAUAGGAUCAUAAGGGAUGACCCAAGCAAAGGGACGAUGCACAACCGACAGCCAAUUACUCCUAAGCUGCUGUGGAAGAGUUUGACUGAUAUUGACCUAUGGCCCCUAUACGGCAUCGGGCUAACGUUCAACAUCCCAACCUUUUCGCCACAACAAUAUCUCAGCUUGUCCUUACGAGGCCUAGGCUUCGAUACCUUUCAAACCAACCUUUUAUCAAUUCCGUACUUGGUUUUGAAAAUCGUCAAUAUGAUAGCUCUAGCCACCCUUGCAGAGUACACGGGACAACUUGCUGCAUGCGCAUCGAUAUUCCAAUUCUGGUGUUUACCAUUCUUGAUCUAUCUUCGUGUCGUAGAUACGACAAAGGCGUCGAAAUGGUUGACGUGGGGGAUGAUCUCGUUAUUGAUAGCGGCGCCACUCGGCCAUCCAGUUCAAGUUGGCUGGAUUUCUCGCAAUUCGAACACCGUCAGAUCACGAGCUGUAGGCGCUGCACUUUACAACAUGUUCCUACAAGCGGGGGUAAUCAUCUCGUCCAAUAUCUACCGCUCCGACGAUGCUCCCUUGUAUAGGAGAGGGAAUAGUAUCUUGCUCGGAAUUCUAGUGUUCAAUCUGGUGCUCUAUGUACUAGCGAAGACAUAUUACGUCUGGCGCAACCGUGAAAGAGAUCGCAAGUGGAAUGCUAUGACUUCUGAAGAGAGAAUAGUCUAUCUUGCAGACCACCAGGAUGCUGGGAACAAGAGGUUGGACUUUAGAUUGGCCUCAUAGAUUCUACUCAAAAUCGCACGGAAGAAUCGGGGAUCGACAAGCUCUAAGUUCCU